UUUCAGACUCUGAGACACGAAGUCCCAUUUCGUAUCUGAUCUAUUCUAUCUUUAGUCAAUGAUGCAACAUGCAAAUGACUUUCAAAAGGUAAAUACAAGAAAAAACAUUAGAUAUCUAAUCAAUUUCUAAUUCUUAGUUAAUGGUAAUGCCAAGAAAUAUUUGAAGUUUGACAGUUUGUACAUUUUGAUUGGUUCACGCAUACUUUAAUAAUUGGUCCUUAUCUGGUUUUACGAAAAAAAAGAAAAGAGUAAAAUAGAUUUUUGAAAUCUUAAUAACACAAACCGACAUUUGAAUAAUCAGUACUGUUCAGAAUACUCAGAAAGAAAUGUUGAUUAGAAAUUUGAUGAGCCAAAAAGCAUAUUUAUGCCAGAUUUAAGAUACGACGUGAGAUAUGGGUUGAAUCAUGAAUCGCGCAAAAUGCAAGUUACAUAUUUAUAAAAUCAUAUAUUUACCGUCUACAAUAAACACAGUAUAUAAAAGUUACAUAAUAUGAAUAAUAAUGAAAUAUUGUAUAUAUUGAAAAUAUAUAAUUUAUUUAUUAAUUUUGCAGGUAAAUGAUUUAUUUAAUUUGAAUAAUGUAAGAAGUAAAUGAUAUAAAAGAUAUAAUUAUGAUUGGCUGCUCUAAAUUAUUUGUACAAACUAAUAGAUAAAGUAUUAAUAUGACUUCACAAAAUGUCUCGUUAAAAUCAUUAUUAACACUUAAUAAUAAUGAUUUUAAAGAGUUUGUUUGUGGCUGGGGAGCUGCAGUAAUUAAUGUAUCUAUUACCUUUCCAAUUAACAAAAUAGUAUUUAGACAGAUUUUGGAAGAUGUUCCAGCCAACAUUGCAUUUCAACAGAUAUCCAGAGAAGGGAUAAGAUUAAUAUAUCGUGGAAUUUUACCACCUCUUUGCCAAAAAACUCUUUCGGUUAGUGUAAUGUUUAGUAUGUACGAAGGUUGCAAGGAACGUUUGUGCACAUUAACAAAUAAUGAUAUAUUAACUAGAAUAAUAGCAGCGCAUUUUGCUGGUACUGUUGAGGCUAUACUUAUGCCGCUUGAAAGAGUACAAACAUUGUUGCAAGAUUGGCGAUAUCAUAAUAAGUUAAAAAAUACUUCGCAUGCAUUUAAAUAUUUACUAAAAAAUUAUGGUAUAUCGGAAUGUUAUCGUGGAUUAGUUCCAAUUAUAUAUAGAAAUAGUUGUUCCAAUCUUAUGUUUUUUAUUCUCAAAGAACAAUCGAAACAAUACGUAGGUGAACAAGAAUCAUUAUUUACAAGUUUUAUUAAUGGUGCUUUAAUAGGUGGUCUCACAAGUACUAUAUUUUAUCCGAUGAAUGUAAUAAAAAUUCAUAUGCAGUCAAAAAUAGGUGGUAAUUUUGAGAAAUUUAUGACAAUUACUCGUGAAAUAUAUGUUGAAAGAAACAGAAGUGUAAUGUCAUUUUAUAAGGGUGCGCAUUUAAACUGUAUGAGAUCAUUUAUAAGUUGGGGAGUUAUAAAUGCAUCUUAUGAUUUUCUAAAAACAAUCAUGUUUUCACAAUAACUUAUGUUAAAAGUAUUUAAAUUUAUCUCUAAGAAAGAUAUCUCUACAUUAUUUGAUGUAUAAUUUUACCAAUGACAUUUUUUGAUUAAACCUAUUUAUCGCACAUUUUUUCUUAUAGUAAAAUAUGAAAAUCAUGUAAAGGAAAUAAAAAUUUUGGUAUUAUAAUAAUGUUAUGAAAUCAUGUUUUUUU